AUGGUUGAUCUGCCUCCUGUGUGUGAGCACGAUCUCAUGGAGACGCAGCCUGCAGUGUCAGACAACGACCAGCAUUGCCCCUUGUCUGUGCAACGUCAGCAGUGUGAAUCCGCUGAUACUGACACCGUCAGCGAUCACAGCCAGCUGUCAGACACCCAGGACCUGUCUUGUAAAGAAACAGAUUCAGUUUCCGAAGUAUUGACUUGCUCUCCUUCCUUUACUAACGGCAACGGGGAAAUAGGCAGGCAGUACUCUAGUGUUCCCGGACGGGAUGACCAUCAAACAGAUGAGGAUAGCUGUCAACAGGACAUCGUUAGCAAGAUAUUUAAUAAUACCUACACGGAUACAGUUUCAAGUGUCGCAAGCACCACUUUUCUUAUAAAACCAUCAGAUCAGGAACAAGAUUCGGCAGUAGACUAUGAAGAUGUUACAGAAAUCUACUUCAAUUGCGGUUAUACAGAUCUACCUAAACGGAAUAUUGACAGAGGGGAACAGGGCUCUCACAAAAUUAGCGCCAAACGAAAUGCAAGCUUUGAUGUAAUCAAUGGCGAAUCUUCAGACAGGACAGAAGAAAAAGAGCCCGAACAGUCAGAAAAUAUAAGACAUUCGGAAAAUCCAUUUCAGAACAUUGAAGAGUUCGUCCAUCAGUAUCUAAUUCCUGCUACUGAGAGUGAAGUUCUUUCAUUUGAUAUUCAGGAAAUUACACCAUCAGCUGGUCUACUUCUUGAGCCUACUGAGUACAGGGAUGUAACAAGACAACUCUUGGAGAUUAAUGAGUCUUUUCUGUUUGGUAGUCAGUCUAGUGUAUAUGACCAGGACAAGACAACGCAGAAUAAGAGGGCUGUAACUAUGCAGAAUCUUCACGAGCGCUCUAGUUUUGUCAAUCUAACGAACAUUGAAAAGAUGAGCAGAGUAUGUCAGAGAGCAUUAGUUUAUCUCAAAGACGAUUUGACGUUUGGAUCUCUGGCCUCCCUAAGCAACAUAGCAGCCAAACAAUGCACAAACCCAGCUCAAGAAGUUCAUUUUAUUAACAAUGGCCACACUGUCGACGUCAUAGGAAGCACUAAGCAUAGACGAAAUGUCAUCGCUCUAAGCAUCUCAAUAACGUUGUUGUUCAUUGCCAUGGGAUCUGUUCGAAACUUGCAGAGUAGUCUCAACCAGGAAGGUGGUAUUGGUAUAAUAUCAAUGGCUGUCAGUUUUGUUGGAUAUAUGUUGGGAAGCAUUGUCAGUUCCUCCAUUGUACAGAACUUUCAACCUCGCAAAUGUAUUGUGGUCAGCUUGAUCCCUAAUCUAAUUUACGUGGCAGCCAAUAUCUACCCAGUUUUAUGGCUGAUGACAGUUAUAUCUUUCAUCCAGGGUAUUUCUUUAGCUAUCAUCUGGAAUGCAAUGAGCACUUAUAUCACAUUUUUGUCAAGGGGAUAUGCUGCCAAGAAAAACCAGGAUUUUGACAAAGUAUCCUGCAAUUUCUUUGGCACAUUUUGUCUUAUUUAUCAAAGUUACCACAUCAUUGGUAACCUGAUUGCCUCCUUAGUGUUGAUGCCAAGUACAGUAACCACUCUCAUGAAUUCUACAUUUCAAAAUAUUACAGCCAACAAGACCACAUCUAGCUCAAGCCUGGACACACUGUUGGAAGACUUUGCUGCACCCGUUCCUGUUGUGUUUCAAAUAGAAUCGGUUUCGGAGAUGAGUCAAAAUGGGAAUCUCUGGGAUUCUACCCAUCUCAAUCUUUGUGGAGCUGCCUUCUGUAAUCACUUCGAAGUGAAUGGCUCGAUGGUGUCAGUCAGCACAAGUACCAAAUAUUUAUUGUUCGGUAUUUACAUGGGCUGUAUAGCCCUGUCUAUGCUUGUUGCUGCCUUUGUGCUGGAACCUCUCAACCACCGCUUGUUUCAGUCAACAGUUAGUCCAGCUAAGAAGCUGAAGCGGCAGCUGGUUUCACUUGCUCAUUUCUCUAUAGACAGCCGUUUCCUGCUACUGCUGCCUAUGCUGAUGUAUUCCAUCAUGCAGUUUGGAUUCAUUUCAGGUGAAGUGACAAUGGCGUUUGUCACAUGUCCGCUGGGCAUCCACAUGGUUGGAUACAUCAUGAUUUGUUUUGGAAUCACUGCUAGCAUGUGUUCCUACAUCAGCGGCAUCCUCUGCAAGUACACGGGCCGUGUAUCUCAGAUCAUUACAGCCUCAGUGCUCAACCUGGCUGUUCUAGUGUUCAUGACAUACUGGCAACCCACGUCCGGCUCUCUCAUACCUUACUUCUGUGUCAUUGGUUUAUGGGGCGUCGGUGAUGGUGUCUGGAAUUGCCAAGUCAACAGCAUAAUGGGCGUGGUUUUCUCCGACAAAUUUGAGGAGGCAUACUCUGGUCUGCGAGUGGCCCAAGGUUUGGGUGUCGCCAUCUUGUUUAGCUACUCGAAUCUCGUCUGCAUGACUGUGAAAAUUUACAUCAUUGCUGGAGUCUGUGUGGUUUCUCUAGUCUGCUACCUUACCAUGGAGCUUGUAGUCAAGUACAGAAUCCCCCACAAGCAGACUUUAAUUAAACAAACCUCCGUUUAG